CGAGAACGUUGAGAGCAACCCAGUAGCUGAAGGGCUCUGAUGCACACGCUCUAAGAAAGCUUACGUAGGAGCCGCAGGAGACAUGUUCGUGGCCGGGACGUCUGGGCAACACCCUCGAACGCCUAGCUGUAGUUUUGGCAUAGGGUUCAGUAGGUUUCACUUUAGAGGAAGAAAUGUGUUGACCGCACAGGUGUUUCCGGGCUGCCGAAGAAGCCCGGCUAGGAGCUUCCAUGUCAGUGAGGAGCCGGCCCCAUCCCUACCGGCCGGCAGCAAUGCAGAGCAAUGCGACAAGGCGCAAACGGAUCCCUUUCCUGUUGCUGGGGCAUUCUUCUCGGGGGCAAUGCUGGCAGCCAGUGCCCUCCGUGCUUCCCAGGCUGCAUCGCCCGUGGUCAUCGCGGCCCUUGCUGCUGCCGUCGUGCUUUCCUCCUCACCAAGCAACGCAGACGCAGCGGAGCAGCUCACCCUCUUAGCUGCACCUGCCUCCACCGCCUCCGCCGUCAGGCCCAUGCAUGCCACCGCGGACUUCGCGGCCGUCCCAAGCGCUGCACUUCGAGCCCAGCUCGAUGCGGCGCUUCGGGCUGCCGAUGAGCUGGUGCAGGCGGCGCCCGACAGUGAAGAGGCGCGGCGGGCUGCUCGCGAAGCCGCCGCCGUGCUUGCUGGGCAGAGCGCCGCUGCGGCCGUGGAGGAGGCGGAAAACGCCAAGGCAGGAGCUGCGGCGGCGGCUAACGCCGCGGCGUUGUCCGCUGCUGCAGCCAGGCAGGCCGACGCCACGGCAGCGGCGGCAGCGGCCGAGGCCUCGGACACGUGUGCGGCAGCUGUGACGGACGCUGUCGCCGCGUCUAACGCGAAGCCUGUGAACCAGGUCGGUGGCUUGGCGCUGCCGUUACCGUCGUGGGAUGCUUCUGGGGAGGAUGUUGAGCGAGUGGAGGAUGCUGCAGCGGACGCAACGCAGGCAGCCAAGCAGGCAGCGGAGGCGCGUACGGCAGCGGCAAAGUACCUCGCGGCAGCGGAGGCGGCGGCAGAGGCCGCCAGGCAGCAAGCGGACAAGGCGGCUGCGGCAGCGGCCAGCGCAUAUGCGGCUAGCGACAGCAGCCUAGCGGAGGCGCUGGUGGCGGCGCAAGCAGCGAAGGCCGCGGCGGCGGAGGCGACCAGGCUGGCGGAGGCGGCGGAGGCAGCGGCCGCGGCAGCGCAGGUCGCCUCAGAGGGUGCUAUGAACGGCUUGCUGGAUGCUAAGGCUGCUCAGGCCAGGGUGGCGAGUAGUACGGCCCUAGGAGAGGGUACGGCAGCCGUGUUAGAGGCUGGUGGCUUGCCGAUGGCGGCGGUGGCUGCCGGAGGCAUCGCUGCAAUGGCAGCAGCGGCGGCAGUCGUUAUGGGAAGGGGCCGCCGUUCGGCGGACAGUACUGGGGCUGAGAAGCAGGCUAAGGCCACUCCAGCGGCUGCGGUUCCUGACGCGCAGGCAGCGGCUCCCGUUGCUGUUGUUGCUACUGCCACGACCCCUAGCGACGGGGAGGAAGCAGUUGUAGACCUGGCACAGCGUGCCGAGGAGGCAAGCUGUGUCAACCCGCCAACGGGAGUAACGGACGAGGUGGUAACUGCUGCUUCUACCGAGGCCAUACCUGAGCCGGAGCCCGCCUUCGGUGCACCUGGCACGGCAAGUCCCGAAGCAGUUGCGAAGUCGCUGCUCACGGAAACGGUGGAGGAGCACGUCGCAGCGACACCUGAACCCGCACCACACGCCGUGGCAGAGGCUGCUGCGGCCGCGGUGGUUCCAGAUGUGCCGGCGGAGGAAGCUGUGGCGGUUGUUGACGCAAGUGGCGUGGCUGUGCCGCCUAUGGCGGAGGCGGUUGAGGUGCCGAUGUACACGGCGGCUGAGGGGCCGUCGGCGACAGCAACGGAGGGCGCGACUGCAGCUGAGCCCGUUGCAAACGCAACAGCGGAAGCUGGUGAAGAGACCGAUGCUGUGAUGAUGGAGGCCACGUCCGUGGUGGUGGUGUCGGAGGCGAGUGUUGAGGCAGAUCCCGUUGUCGAACCGGAAGCGGCGGCUGUGCAGCUGUCGCAUGUGGUGUCGCCGGCGGCGGCGGCUGAUGCUACAGAGGAGGCUCCUGAGGCGAAUGCACCGGUCUCCCAGCUUGACACGGCGACUGCGGCGGCUGGGGCUGUGAAAGCUGCUGACGUGGUGGUGGCUGCUGGACCGCUGCCGGAGGGGGCUGAGGUUGCGCCUUUGCCUCCAGCAGAGGAGGCUAGUACGGAGGCGAGGGCGGAUGCGGAUGUUGUGACAGUGCCGGUGGCGGUGGCAGAAGAUCAAGCUGUGCGUGAGACGCGGCCGCAGCAGCUGCUGGCACAGGAGGCUGACGCCGCCACGCCCAUAACAGCUGCUGCGGAGCCAGAUGUUGCGACGACGACGUCGACGGUGGAGGUGGAGACCGCGCUGCCUGCCGCCGCUGAGCCGCAGGCGACGACGGAGGUGGGGCUGCAGGCUGCUUGCGCGCCCUCCGCUGCAGAGGCAGGAGGUGAGCCGGAGCCCGAUGCCGCCGCCCCUCUCCCAUUUUGCCCCGAGGGCUAUCCGGAGGCGGCAGAGACAGGUGCGGUGGUAGAGGCUCCUGAGGUGCAUGCAAAGGCAGUGCAGGCCGCCGCCGCUGCUGCUGCUGAGGUCUCCUUGCAGCCAGCCCUUGAGGGCUCGGAGCCUCCUGUGGUGGUGGAUGUGGUGGAGGGCGCUGUCGGAGGCCGUGUGGAGGCCGCGGCAGAACCGCCGGUCGACACUGCUUCCGUUGCUGUCCCUGCAGGGGCAGCGGCGGCUGGAGAAGUUGAGGACGCCCCAGCUCUCGUUGCGCUGCCUGCCGCCAUGGAGUCCGCGUCUGGGGAUACUGAAGAGGCCAAGGAUUCGGCGCAACCUGCUGCUCCUGCUGUGGAAAUCAAGGCAGAAGCAGUGGUGGCGCCUCAGGUAGAGGAGACAGUGAUGGCGACCGCAGCGGCGUCGUCCACUCCGUUAGCUGCGGGUUCCCUGCCCGUGGCCGUUCCUGCUACUGCUGCUGACUGCCCUCCGGUGGAUGCUGCAGCGCCUAAAGGAGCUGCUCCUGCCCCACCGGAGGCUGCGGCGUGUGUGGCGGCAGAGGCGGAAGCGGAGGCAGCGGUGCCGGACCCGGCCAACGUGCUCCCGGCCGAGCCAGUGGCUGCAGCGACGGACGCUCCAGCUGUGACCCUGCCUUCCGUUGAGUCUGCGGGAGAGGCAGCAGCGAGGCCGAGUGAAGAGGCCGUCGAAGGCGCCGCUGCUGCAGUUGAGGGGGUGGUAGCAGUGGGAGAGGCAGCACUGGAGCGGGUAGUGGAGCAGCUUGAGAUUCUUUCCUCUUCAGGCGUCGUGCCUGACUUGCCUGAGCCCGAGCCUGAGCCUGAGGCGGUGGGGGAGAUAGAGGCCGCGCGGGAUGAGGAAGCCACGUUAAAGGCGAGCCGCGACGCCUCUAGCUCGGCUGCAGUGCAGCAGGCGUCUGGGGCGACUGAGGAGGUGGGGGCGAAUGCGGCGGUAGCGGCUGCUGUGGAGAUGACGGAAGAGGCAGCUGCUGACGUCGCGGUUGGCACAGCGAAAGAGGAACCGACAGGGGCAGCGGUGGAGGCAGCGGACGUGAAGGAGGUGAUGAGUGAGACAGCUACGGAGGCAGCAGCAGCGCAUCCAGCGGAGGAGGACGCACCGACAGAGGCAACUGUGGAGCCAACAGCUGGUGCGGCGGCGCAGGCGGCAGCCUCAGCAGUGGCAACUGAGCUGGGACCCGGGUCACUGGAGGAGGUGCCGUCUGUUGAAGACGCCCCGGUGGCUGAGGAUGCCGGGGAUGCUCCUGCUGCUGAUACUGACGGAGGUUCUGCUGAGCCGGGGGCGGAGGAGCCCGUUGCUGCCGCACACGUUGAUGAUGUCGCGUCUUUUGCGGCAGCUGAGGAGCCCCCAGUGUUGGCCAGUGUCGCAACCACACCCUCCACAUCUGCCCAGGAAGAGGGGCUAACGGCGGCGGCCGAUGUACACCGCAACCAGGAUGACGGCCCCCACCUUGCUCUUACCAUGGAGGUUCCGGAUAUUGCCAGCGGCGCUUUGCAGGAUGACACGUCAGAUGCAGCUGACCUGACGUCCAUCGUCGCCGGUGCGGCCACCGUCGCCGCUGCACGCGUGGGAACCGCCGUAGCGGACGCCGCCGCCCGCGCCGCCGCCAACGCCGCUGCCAGGGUCGCCGUCGCCGUGGCAGAAGCGGCUGCGGAGGCCGCUGCCCGCGCUUCCGCUGCGGUUGAGGCCGGAGGAACGGCAACGGCGGACGAAGUGACGGCGGCUAUUGCUGAGGCCAUUGCUGCAGCAGCGGAGGAAGCAGCUGCGGUGGUGGAGGCAGGGCCCGGUGGCAAGACCACCGCUGUCGCCGCCUUUUCCGUCACGCCUGCGAUUGAGCCGGCUGUAGUGGACGCCGCCGUUGCUGAGGUCGUUGAGUUCGUUUUACGACCGCACGAGCAGCAAACUGAGGUAGAUGCCUCGGGGGAUGCGUCAAACGAGACUACUGCCGCUGACGCACCGGUAACUGGCGAGGACUCUACGGCUCCGGAAGCAGCUGUAGCAGUGGAGAGGCGAGCGAGGGAGAAUAAAAUCGAAACUGUGGAGGCAACACAUGCAGACGUUCAGGACUCCGUUUCAACGCCCCUCGACGGAUCAGAGCUGACAGCGGCGGCAGCGGCAGUGGCAGAUGCAGAGGCGGAGGCGAAGGCCGAGGCUGCAGCAGAGUCAACCGUUGAGAUUGUUCCGGAAGCACUAAUCAACGUGGCGAAAUACGACAACGACGUAGGCGAAGCGCCUCUCAGCGACAGUUCGGCAGAAGCAGCGGCAGCAGCGCUCGGCGACAAGGCAUCUGUGGGUGCCGCAGCUGAUGUCAUCAAUUCGGGGUUACAGGGGCUGCAAGUUUCGGCUGCCCCCGCCGUGGCUACGGCGGCCGCCAACGACGAGGCUGACGACGUCGCCGCUGCCGCGUUGGGUGUUACGGCGGCGGCGAUGGCCGCUUCCGUCCCCUCCGACAGCUCAACCGUUGCCCACCUGCAGCCCACCCACCCGCUGCCGCCUCCCACCUUGGUGACUACCAUGCCCGAUCCAGACACGCCCACAGACACUAUAGCCACAGCGGCAACGGAGACGGCCACGGAUCUCAUGCUGCCUUCAAGUGAAGCCAUACCGGCAGCCUCUGUCACAACCUCCAGCGCCGCCUCCGCUGCCGCUGCAAACAACGACGACGACACAGCUACAACCGCAGCGGCGGUGGGCACGCCGUUAUUUAGGAGCUCCCCUUCCACAUCUACUGCUGCUGCCGCGGCGGUGGCUGGGCUGCCGCCUUCGCUGGCUGAGACGCUUGAGGCGCUGGCUGAAGGGCCGCUGGAACUUACAGCCUCUGUUGUUGGUGGUGGUGGAGGCAGUGGAGGCGGUGGUGGUGUGACUGCGCGGCUGCUGGAGCGCAUCCGGCUGAUCAACCAGCUGCUUGAGGAGGAACAGAAGCGGGCCGACCUGGUCGCCGAGCUCUCUCUCCCACCGGCAGCGGCCGCUGAGGAAACCCCUGCAGCCGCCGCUGCCGCCCUCGCUGUAACGGCUGCCGCCACAGCUGCAGUCGGAACGGCGACCGCCGAGGCAGCAUCAGCAGUUGUGUCCGCCGUCCAUGACGCCGCUGGCGGCAAUGGCGUCGACGGCGUCGACGGUGGCAGCAAUGGCAACAACGGCAGCAUGCAGAGUGAUGGGAAUGCAGCUGGCGCCGCAUCCGGGCUGCCUCCGUCUCUGAUCAACUCACUCAACAGGGUAUUCCACACACCGCCAGCUGCCGCCGCCACGCCGCAGGAGGAUAGCGGUAUAGGCCUGCCGCCUGCCUCUCCAGAGGAACACGUGCCAGCGGCGGCGGAGGCACCGGCGGUGAAGCCGGAGGCACUGGAGGAGGCGGCGGAGCCGGCAGUGGUGGCGGCCGCAGCCCCUGCCCUGCCCAUGGACGAUAGCGUCGCCGCCGUCGCCGUCGCCGCUGCCACCGCUCCUGUCGCUGUCGCCAUUGAGCCGCCGCCGCUGGCCUCCGUCAAGGCGAAGUUGCUGGAUAUUGUGUACGGCACCGCUCGCGGUGUCAACGCCACCGCCGAGCAGCGAGCUGCGAUUGAGGAGCUGGUGACGACCCUGGAGGGACGCAACCCCAACACAUCUCCUACCGAUGCCGUGUCCGCCGUGUCUGGUCGGUGGAAGCUGGUGUACACGAGCCACGUGGGCACGCUGCUGCUGCUGGGCGCGCUGGACGGGGUGCCGCUGGUGGAUGUGGGGGAGGUGGUGCAGAUAGUGGACCCGGUCACACUCACAGCAACGAACAAGAUCGACCUGGCGGUGCCCAUGCCGGUAUCGCUCCGCGCCGAGGCGGGUCUGGAGGUGCGCUCGCCGCGUCAGUUCAAGGUGCGGUUCACGCGGGUGGGUUUGGACACCUACGUGUCCACUCCGCAGCUGACGGCGGCGCUGGAGGUGCCGGACAGCGUGACGGUGCUGGGCGCACGACUGGACCUGAGCCCGCUGCGGAGGAUGCUGGUGCAGCCAAUCAACAGCGGAAUCGAGGCCGCUCAAGACAUGAUGUCGCGUGCUGUGUCUCCUGAGCUGGACGUAACAUCUGCUUCGUCCGGGAUGAUGGCGACCCACGGGUCAGCCACCAGCCUCUGGAUGCUGACCACCUACUUGGAUAACACACUGCGCAUCAGCCGGGACGAUGAGGGCCGGGUCUUUGUCAUGCUGAAGGACUCGGGCUUGCAGCAAAGGGACGCCUAGGGCCACGCACGGAAAUUGGAUUCAUUUGAAAGCAGAUGAUAGAGUACAUGUGGAGUAUUAGGCCUGCCGAGCAUAGGCCUGGAGCUGAGUUGCCUACCAAGCUACCAAACUAUCGUGAGCAGCUUGACUCGUAUAAAGAGGCUUAGGAACCGCAAGGUCGUUUGUUGAGGUGCCUGUAUCUGGGUUAACGAAACAACACCGGUAGCCUUCAGCAAUGAAGGGCUGCGCCUGACCGCUGAAGCAGCAUGCAUUGGCAGCAGCAAUACCAUUUUCACUGCUACUGCUGUCGCUGGUGCUGAUUAUGACGGUGUAUGCGACGACUGGGGGGCAUUGCCCUCUUAGAACUGCGCAGCAAUGCGCCUGUGGAUCCGAGGAUCAUGCGAGCCUGCCUUUGCUUCUAGCCUUGGCACACAUGCCAUAGUCAUACUUCAUGUCACGUUGCCGAAGUGUAGCGUUUAUUACAUUGAAAUAAAACUCGUAUGCGGUCGGCUGGUCCCCAGUGCUCAGUUGCCUGCUCCUCUUAGCCCCGCAUCCAAUGUGUCAGGGUGCUCGCUGCCAGAGGAGCAGCGCAACUCAUCAUUCCGCCUGGAGAGCCUAGCCCUGUCCUGUCGCCGGGGAAGUGUGUACAUGACAUAAAAGUGCCGUCAUGGUUGCGGUGUUGUUGUAAUGAGAGAGUUCGGCAUUUUGCAUGUGUCUAGAAGCGCGCGGGGCUUUGAGGCUUCCGGCGGAGUGAUAUGUGGAAAACGUGAGAGAUGGGACAGGCGUGAGGGGCCAUGAGCCGCAUGAGCCGGCCGAGCGGAGACGGGACAGGGGAUGAGGGGCGGGGCGAUGUGCUCUGGGAUGGGAUCAAGGGUCUAGUGGGCUAUCGGUUGCAAGCACCGCGCGGUGAUGUCUUAAUGAUGUUUUGAAGCGCUAGGUAGGCAUACGUUGAACACUUACGGUGCUGGUCCGCGUGAUUGUGCAUAUGUCCCAGCGCGGGGCCCUUUCACAGCGUUGUCUGCGCUGGUGCAUGAGGGUUUUGGUCGGGGGAUGGCACUUGUUUGCAAAUGGUCGGUGCAGAUCGCAUGGGUUGCCGGUAAUGACAUGGAUGCCGUGCAGAGGGCGGCCAAGCAGGGCGCCUUUUGACGUCAGCGAGAGCGUGUUUUCUUUUCACUUAGCCGCAUUGGACCUGUUGCACAGCCAAAACCUAGGUGCCUGGUCCGGCGAUUGGGUUUAUCUAUGGACAUAUAACUUGGAACGAGGCUUGGCCGAGGAGAGGUGCUAUGGGUUUUAUGAGAGACGGUGGACAGUCAAAGAGAGCACGGCGUGCGCAAUGCCUGUGUUUGCACGGUGGUUGUUCGGGCUGUCGCAUGCCUGCUUCUGCUUAUGUGAUGCAUGUCUAGUGGCUUCGUGACUAGCCGCGGCGCCCGGUGUGUAAGGCGCCGCAGUCUGACGGGCACGUAACUUACUAAUUAUGACUGCACUGCUUGCCUUUUGGUGCUGGUGGUGCCCAAUCCCUUGCUAAGUUCCGUCUUUGGACGGUAUGGAGUAGUUGAGCGCCAUGGAUUGUGGCCGAGUAAUCCUAUCCAUCAACGCUAUCCCAUCACCCCUCCACCCUUCCGUGCCAUGGUCGUCUCCGUGUUUUAGCCGCUUACCUUCUUGUAACACUACUGUUGUACAUACUGUUGACGUCCUGGCGCUUUCCUUGUAACCUACUACGUUA